CGGGAACCGAAGGAAUCGUCAUUCAUUAGCAGCAGCAACGACAACAAUAACAUCGAUAAUAUCGCGAACCAGAACAAGAACGAGGAAACGAACGUCGUCUGCGAUUGGAAUGCGGAACGAUCCAYCGGURCAACAGACAGCAUUGGYGGAUCUGACGACGGUUCGGUUCUUUUCKUCCGCURACACACACCACGGCAACACCAAUGAAAAUGAGAGUGUGAAUUCGACCGGUAGCGACGAAAAAGGCGGACCGGUAACGAGAAAACUGGACGAAUUGAUUUCCGAGGGUGGUAUACAACCCGAUGCACACCAAUGGUUUGCCGCAAAGGAACUCGACCGGCUAUACCUCGAUUUGAUGAACGCAAAACGAACAACGCACACGGAAACGGAAACGGAAACGGGCCACGAGCAGCAGGGGGGCACAUCGCCUGGAUUUUUUGGUCGGUUCUUUGGGCAGGCCUUUUCCGAUGCCACCGCAAGCGACAACCACCAAGCGGAGGUUGGCAGCCAAGGAAUCUACACCUAUGGGGGUGUCGGAUGCGGCAAGACGUUCUUGAUGGAGUUGUUUUACCACGCCCUGGACGACGACGAGACGUGGGGGAAGGACAAACAGAUCGUCCACUACCACAAGUUCAUGCUCAACGUCCACCAGUUCAUGCACACCUCCCGGCAGGGGCAGAACGGGAUCGGCGAUGGGAAUCCAAUCGAACCGGUCGUCGACCACAUCCUGGAAUCCGGGAGACUGCUUUGCCUGGACGAAUUCCAGGUUACGGACGUGGCAGACGCCAUGAUUCUAAAGGAACUCUUCGGACGCCUGUGGAAGAAGGGUUGCAUCCUGGUGACGACCUCCAAUCGCCCCCCCAGGGAUUUGUACCUGCACGGUCUGCAACGGGAUCGGUUCCUGCCCUUUGUCGAUCUGCUGGAAGAAAAAUGCAGUGUUGUGAGCUUGAUGGACAACGAGACAGACUACCGAAUGGUCAUUUCUGCCCAGGACGACGAAAUCGAGGAUGGCGAAGACACGCAAUACGACAAGGAGCAUGAAUCAGCUUCUGCGAACGAUAGCGGUGAGCUUCCGAAACCCUCCGCCAGGCGACGCGCCAAGCAGGUGUAUUUCUGUGGAAARGACAAAAAGAAGGUUCUCCAGAAAUUCUUCUACGAACGCGCCAAGGGCCGACCGAGUAACCCGUCCACCCUUGAAACACAGGGCCGCAAGGUCAAGAUCCCUAUGGCCUGCAAGGCRAAAUCAAUCUGCAUGUUUUCUUUUGAGGACCUGUGCCAAAAAGCUCUGGGAGCCGCCGAUUACCUAGUGAUUGGCCAACAAUUUUCGACGGUCUUUGUCUAUGGAAUACCAAAGAUGACCGUCAACGAGAUCAACUGGCUGCGACGCUUCAUCACUUUCGUGGACUCCAUGUACGAAUGGAAGGUCCGGCUGCUCUUGCAAACAAAUGCCGAAAGCGUCGAGGAAAUCUUUCGGGUGGACGAUAAGGAAGCCUAUCAGCAAGACGAGGUUUUUGCUUUCGAUCGAACCCGAUCGCGAUUGGGAGAAAUGUCCAGCACCAAGUACCUAUCCAGCCAAUGGCUCGGAGCCGGAACAACGUCAACUGCUACAACCAAACUGGAGCUAAACCCCAGUAUGGCGGAUCAGUGGUUUCAGUUGGUAGGUGGCAACCUGAGUCAACAAAGCGACGACGACGAUACCAAAGACAAUACUACCGACACGGAGGAAUACUAUCGACAGCUCUUUGACGGCUUUGAUCUGAACAAGGAUGGAGUUUUAGACAAAGACGAAAUCAAGGCACUCAUGCAUACGGCCUUUGGGUACGAACCUGUGGACCUCGUCGUUAAUGAAAUGAUUGCAUCAAUCGAUAUGGACCAGAACGGUGUCAUUGAUUUAGAAGAAUUCUGUGCGCUACUAGCCAAGAUCAAGCAACAUCGUCGAACACAAACGGGGUAAUCGAUGSAAGAAAUGAAAAGGGUCAAAAUUUUGUGAUCUACGGAUGGCUUUUAAAUUGAGGGAGCGGCCGAUAGAAUGGUUUUACAAKAGCUUGCUKUCUUCCAUGKGCGYGUAGUGCCCACGACAUACUGUGCAAAUGCACUGCUAUUCAAUGUUAUGUUYGCAAUAACUUGCUUAGACAAUU